AAUUUCUCGGUAUCGUUAUCGCGCGUACGUGCUACAGCUGCAUGGACUCCGGACGAACAGACCAGCUGCUAUCAACAUUCAAGAAGCAGGACUUCUUUGUUUUCUGAUUUGAACGACGCUGCUCUCAGCGUCCUCUGUUUUCCAGGCGCCUUAGUGUUUCUCGCUGAAGAGCUCGAAUUGCGACAAUGUCUUCAUCCCUCAGCGGUCUCGAGAACUUGAUCAGUUCACAAACGGGUGAGCCUCACAGAUCACCUCGCUCGUUAGGUCGGGCGUAUAACGUACUCACUUCACCUGGUCCUGUUCAUUCUGACGGUUCUCCUUCCCGUUCCCAACCCCAUCCCUCCACAAGUCCCCUCUCACCUUCUUCCCGCCACCUCUCCCGCCCGCUUUCCUUCCCGACCGCAGCUGGCCUGCAACAGCUCGCCGAAGGAUCCCCCUCUUCCUCAUCCUCCUCCUCGACGGCGUCCGGCUCUGCGCCGUUAACGUUCAACUCCUCCAACAACCACUGGCCCCAGACGCCCCAGACGCCCCAGACGCCCCAGACGCCCCGCAAGAGCCGUGAUGACACUGAAGGAAGGAAUGAAUCACUUCUGGGAAGGUCCUAUACGAUGCACACUCCCUCGCGCAAUCGUCCCAUACCGCGUCGUGAGCGGAGUCCAGCGUCGUCCGUCUCGAACCAUCUCUACACCCGUGGAUUUCUCGAGGGCGCAUGUUCAGACAUUGCGAUCGUCGCAUUCGGGAAGACGUAUCAUCUUCACCGUCUCGUCCUUGACCGUUCGUCUUUUUUUUCCGCUAUGUUCGGGGGACCGUGGUCGGAUGCUACCUCCAACACUCUAGAGCUCACGUUCGAUGAUCCGAAUAUCACACAAAUCGCAUUAGAAUGUGCGUUAGGGAGGUUGUAUGGGCACCAAGACCAUGAGUUGGAGGAGAAGCAUGUUAUGGGCAUCCUUGCUACUGCGAAUUAUUUGGGUAUGCAGGAGCUUGUCGAGGUUGCUUUUACCCAUAUUCUACGCACUCUCACGACGAGCAAUGUGGCAGGCCGCCUUGCAUUCGCGACUGGAAGUCAAUAUUAUGGCGCUGCCUCGAGCAAGUUGGAUGAAGCUUGUCGAGCUCUGCUAUUCAGGGAGGGUUGGGGUAUGGGAGCUGUUGGGUGGGAUGGGAUUUCUGCCGAGGUUGUUUAUGAGCUUGUCAGUGACGAUAUGUUCUGGGUACCGAACGAGUGGGAACGCUUUACCUUCGCGAAGGAGGUGCUUGAGUGGCGGAUGAAUCUCAGCAAGGUCAGAGCGAAGGACGAGAACGAAGCGGACGAGACGUUGGACGUAGCGCCGUUGAGAAAGUUGUUAAACAAGGGCGUUUAUUAUACGCAUAUGACGUUUGAGCAAUUGCAGGUUAUCGCCGAGAUGAAGGAUACUGAAGGGAGGGAGAUCGUGAGUAAGGAUGUGAUUCAGGCUGCUUUAUGGGACCAAAUGACGCUUCGCCAGCGUAUCCAGAACACCCCCGCCGACUCACCUGCUGCUGGCCUGGCAAUUGAGACGCCUCUGUCCACCGACUCCGCCGCCCUCUAUCCCGUUGCGACCGACGGCAACACAGUUCACGGAGACUCCACCUCACUCGACUCCCCCGAACAACCCCCAUCGCCCUCCACCUGGUCCCCCUAUCCCCCCUUCCGCUUCUCCGCCGUAUUCAAAAAUGUCCGCGCCCUAAAAGAGGACAAACGCGUCUACUCCAAGACAGUCUUCUACGCCGGCUCUCAGUGGAACGUCUAUAUCCAGAAAGUCCGGACACGGAAGAAUGUGCAGCUUGGGGUAUAUUUGCAUCGGGCAAGGGACAAGGAGGAGGGUGGAGGGAGUGCGCAGGCGGUUAGUUUGGAGACGAGAAUUUUGGAGAUUGAGCAGGAGACAGCCAAUACGUCUUUCUCGUCGCCGAGGAGGAGGGAGAGGGGGGCGGUUGUGGCAGCGGGGGACAUGUCUAUGGCAGGGGAUACGACGAUUGAUGGAGAUACGACUAUCACUGCUCCGAAAACCGCAGCAGACGACGAUCUCUUCACGGGUGAGGUAUCGACGCUCUUCCCGAACGGGAAUCCGUACCCACCAAUCUCUGCACUCCCGGCAUACACCGAUUCUCGGCCGACAAUUCAUACAUACUUCCGCAUCAUCUGUGCACGGAAGGGCAAGAACGCGAUCACGGUGUUCAACUCUGCACCCGACAAGUUCAACUUCAGUCAGAGUUGGGGAUGGAAGACGAGUAGUUUGUGCUCGGAGGAGGGGUUGCUGGAUGAGGUUGGGGAGGGAACGUUCAAGGUUACGUUGGUGCUCGGAAACGUUUAGUUAGGUUUUGACAGGAUGUUCUUGGUAGGCCGGAUAGGGGCUAUGGCUAUGGGUGUUUUGUGCUUGAACGAGA